AUGACUAGUGGCUAUCAUCCUAAUCCUUCUAUAGGCGAACAAGAAGCUGGAAGAAGUUAUAAAUCACUUCCGCCGCCAGCAAAAAUUCGAUGUCGAGAUGUGACUCCAGACACCGCAAUGGAGUUGUUUUUGCAGCUGCUUUCUUGCGGCGCCCCCUAUUUGGCUAAUGGAACACAACGCACCGGUCGUUUGAUAAAGGUCUCCGAGAUUCGGCUCGAACAUCUCCCUGGCUACUGCGGUGACUCCAUGCCAGUGUCGGAAUUCGCCGUGUCGCUGCGGCGCAUUAUGCGGCGGGUGCUGGAAGUGUUAUCGCAGACCAAGAACUUGGACGUGCCUGAGCAAACUACUCGCCGUCUCGUGAACACUGGUCCCUCAACAACGCCUUCCAGAUCUUCCAGUCGGAGCACAUUCUUGGAAGACAUCGAUAUUGAAGACACAAUACAGCUAGCAGCCGAAAAGGUCGAAGGAAGCGAAGUGGAGAGACUAUUGCCGUCUAGAGAAGUAAUAGAAGACCUCUUCGUAGUGGGAGAAGUAUUGAUAUGACACGUGAUUUGUAUUUGAUGUAUUUAGAAGAUAAGUCGUCACCAUCUGUGAGUUAAUAGUCGUACUCUACUUCAUCUAGAAAAAAGGGUGUAAGAUGACCUGCUCUUAGAAAAAUACGAUGAUGGUGAUGAACAAAGAUGAUGCACUCCUGAAAAAAUGAUCCCGUCAAUACAAAGCUGUGCCACCUAGUAUAGUGAAGAUGGAGACCACACGUAUAAUUAUCAUGAUAAUUAUGCGUCGGUGGUAGUUGUGUAGGUUUCUAAUGUUGCGGCAUCCACUUUUUCGGAAAAUGCGCAGCUGGGUAACGAAUGCUAGCGAUGGUUCUAUCGCCUCAUGGAAUAGCUUUAAAGGCUUUCUGCGACACUUCAUUCAAACCCAAAUACAUACAAAACAGACUGAAAACAGGAAUUAUGUUGAGUUGGAUUUGGAGGAGGUAAUGACAUGUUACUCCGGGUGUAGUGGCAAUACCGGCUUCGUUACCUGCAUCAUUAAGACUCUGAGUACCAAUUAAUAUUCUGCUCUUUGACUGCUGCAUCCCUGAAAGAACGUCUGGGGGAGUUGUAUCAUACGGAAAUACAACUAGUCCUCCACGCUAUUUGUCUUCAAGGAUGCAGCGGAGUAGAGGUGAGCUGCAGAGGGUUCCUCUAACAUCAGUGCCCAGACCUUGCAGACGCAGUCCUCCUUGGGCAUUAUGGAACCGUCGCGGCAACGGCAGCAGCUCAUCCUAGACCUCAUCCGCUGGAUUCCGCCUCUCUUUCGAGAAGCAGUCCAGCGUUCAUGGUUGCACUUUUGGUUACUGCACAAUUGUGGCUUCCAACCUUUGAAAGGAGCAAAUGAGACCACAACGACUACUGCACCCACAACAACUGUUGUCGCCCAAGGAACAAAUGAGACUACAACCACAACAAAUGAUAUCGUUGAAAGUCCUUAUGCUGGCUGGACUAAGAAGCUGCCCGUGGAACUCCAUGGUCUCGUCUACCUUCUCCAAGUCGAUGAAACAUCGCUCAUGGGUCUGCUUCGCUUUGUAAAAUGGUGCAUUGAAGAUUUAGGCAAGGAUGAACUGGACAAAGCCGAAGUCGCCAGAGGUAAUUUUUGUACAAGUAGUACAACGGAAGAUCAUUUUAUUGGCUCUUUCUAAUUCUAGAAUGGAAUCAUGUUCACCCCAGUAUCUAGAGUUAAUUAUGGAUUGACAGUACAACUAUUCUUGGGGCUGAUGGUGCAGCAGGACAAUGAUGUUCUGCUGCAACUACCUUGUGAGAUCGAUUUCUUGGCUUGCUUCGUACUUCGUUUGUUCGUUGUUUCUUUGCAGUCUCUUCUUUUUAGAAGGUACAAUUAGGCUGAACUACGUCAAGGCUACUUGACCACGUAGUUUAAGAGGGCACAUGACAUGACAUCAUCUUUCCGAGUACUUAGAAACGAAAUCUGUACACAGAUUUUUUGGCUAAACGUGCCAGAAAAGAUCCAGAUGAGUUGGGUAUUCGGAAUAAGGCCGCGGCCUCAGCAGUGCUUCAGGUUCUUUUGGAUAUCUUCCCUGCCUUGCACAGCGAUUUACUUGGUAUUCGAUCUGACGCGCAGAUUUGGACGCAUUCAGGCGCACCCCUUCUCUCCAUGCUAGGAGUUUCUCCAUCUGGAUUUGGUGGUUAUGGAAAUACUUCCUUUACUGAUGACGCUGGUCAAUAUGGUGGCGGGGAUGAUCCAUCAGGGUCAACAGCGACCUCCUCGGGUACAGAAAUUGAAGUAGUGGAAGAACAGCAACAGUGGGAACAGUCAGCACAGACAGCGGAAGAACAGCACCAGUUAGGACAGAUAGAGGAACGGAUAUUUGCACAUCCAGCAUCUCAUGAGGGUCUCGGAUGCAGUAAGGGUGCAUUGCGUCGUCUAGUCGAAGCCGAGGACUGGACUGCUGUGGAAGAUUUUCUGAACCGCGUCUACCUUCAUCGACCGGCUAAUGGUCGUGUGGAAAAAAAGUGUGGAGAGAAAGAUCGACGAGAUGAUGUACAUAAAGAACAAUGUGAAGCUGAAGGAGCAGAUGUACAUGUGGAACAAGAUAAUAUAGAAAGGCAUGUGGAACAAGAGGAAGAUGUUGUUCGAGGUUCUAAAAUUGCUACUAGUAGAAGUUGUGGGAGUUCUACAACAGGUCUUUUUGAAUCACAACAGGAUUUGUCCUUAGCUUCAGCCUUCGUACGUUGGCGCGGUAUUGACGGAUGGAGUGCGCUAGAUUGCGUCGAAGAGAAAGCUCAGGCUGUAUUGCAUCAGGAGAUCGAAAAUAACAGAAAUCUCGAAACCAGCGUCACCGAAGAGAAACAUGACGCUGGAAUUCGAAAUGGCGAUUCGCCCUUGUCUUGCUCGUCUGAGGAAACCCAAGACGGGCUUUUCUCGUCGAUUGUGUUGAAGACUUACGGCGAUUUCCUUGCGUGCACAUGGAGCGGCGGGCCUACUAUGAAACACGCCUCUACUCUGCUUCACGAGGCUGUAGAAAGUGCGGACGCGCCGGCUGUGCGCAAGCUUAUCGACUGUUUUUUUCCCGAACCUGAAAACAUGGAGGCGUGUAAUACCUCUACUUCUACAGCAGCUGGAGGAGAGCGAAGACCUGGAGAACAAGUGUUGGAUGGCGAUACACUCCCUCCUCCUGAAGGAAACAACUCUUGGUCUGCUAGAAAAAGGGGACUGCUUGCUUUGCGCAAGGACGCGGCCAAGCUUGCGCACAAAAGGCGACGAGAAGCGCAGGGAGAGACAGAAAAAUUGGAGGCACAAUGUUGCGUCUCACAAUACGGUGAAUACGCGACUGAGAUUCCGGAGUAUUACGAGAGGGUACGGCCCCGCCGAGAUGCCCUCGCAGCGAUCUGUGUUUUGCUCCGAGAGCCGCAGCAUCAGGAAGAUUCUCUUGCGCUCCUCUCGAAGAACACACAGGAUGCUGUGAACGUGGGAGACAGGAACAACUACUCGGAUAGGGGCUUUUUCGCGAUUAAUCUUCGCAGCCUCGGAGUAGGUGGAACUACUGGUGGUGGUGGUGGAACUACUGGUGAUCAACAUUGUGCCGAUGAGGUCUCCGAUUUCGAUAGUGCCGUGGGCAGCUGUUGGUCCAGACGCGCGUCAAUGUUAUCGACAGAAGCCGAUGCAAGUAGCGAUGAUGACGAUCAUAGCACGGCGACUGACAUUGAAGUAGCAUGA